ACGGAAACAUACAACAAGUUAACAACGACGAAAAGAGAUUUUCGUAAUCUAGCUUUUUCAAAGAAGUUAGAAUAAUUAGGCCUACGUUGAGAUUUAUCGUUUGAGGCCCGCACGGACUCGGUGGUUGCCGCGGCGACGAUGGGCGGACGCAGACGCGUCGUGGUCGUCGGGCUCGGCGGCGUGACGUGUGGCGGCAAGACGACGGUGGCGCGGCGUCUGCUGGCAGCGUAUCCCACGGCAACGCUCGUCUGCGCGGACGACUACUACCGGCCGGAGGACUGGCCCGGAUACGAGCGACUGCCGCAGUUCGGCGGAUUCCGAAACUACGACGCCGCCAACGCUGUCGACUACGCCGCGCUGACCGAUGCGGUUGCCGCGGCGACGGGAGGUGCGCGGCGGCGGGGGGAAGAGGCAGAGAGGAACGGAGACGUGCUGCUCACGAGUGAGGAGAAGAAAGAGCUAGAUGACGAGAAGGAGGAGGGGAAGGAGCAGGAAGAAGGGGAAGGGGAGGAGGAGGAGGAGGAGAAGGAGGAGGGGGAAGAGCAGAAGGAGGAGGAGGAGAAGUUGCCUCCAGCCGCGUGUCUGGUCGUUGUCGAGGGCAUCCUCGUCUUCAACAGCGAGCCGCUGAACCGGCUCUUCCACCGCCGCUACUUCUUCACGCUGCCGCACGGCGAGUGCGCGAGACGUAGGGGGCGCCGCCGCGACUACGACCCGCCGUGCCCGCCCGGCUACUUCGACGCCGUCGUCUGGCCGCUCUACGUCAGCCACCAGGAGGAGCUGGUGCGGCGCGGCGUGCCGCUGUGUUACGUCGACGGGCGGCGGCCGACGGACGCCAUCGUUGCGGAGAUGUGCGGCGACGUCGACGCCAUGAUGGCUGCGCCGGAGAUCGCCGUGAAGGGAUGCCGCUGCUGAGACCAGGGGCCGCCAAUGUUGACUCCAGGGGCUGCCACUGUUGACUCCAGAGACCGCCACUGCUGACUCCAGGGGCCGCCACUGCUGACUCCAGGGGCCGCCAAUGUUGACUCCAGGGGCCGCCACUGCUGACUCCAGGGGGCGCCACUGCUGCCUCCAGGGGCCGCGACUGCUGUGUUGGGAUGUUGGCUAGUUUCUGCGUACACAUGCUCAAUGAAACUACACUGGUGCUUUACGUUUGCUCUUUCAUCAUCGAUUGAUCUCUCAGUUUAACGAGUAGCCUGGUGUGUGUAAUACGUUUUUAUCGUGUUCGUACUAGUAGUUAACGAUCGUUUGUCUUAAAACUUGAUGUUAUAUGAUAAAUAACUGUGGAAUCGGAAGGGUAUUAAUAUGCGCAGUUGCUUAUUUUGUCGUCUGUUCACAGAUGUUACUGUACAUUCCAGUUUGAAAGUGAGAAGUGGCGGUUACGAGCCGAGGACGAAAAGUAGACGUUUGUUGAUUGCUAUAGGUUUUGUACGUUUUAUAUUCACGUCUGCCCCUGGAAUACAACUAGAGGGGCUUGAAGUUUUAAAUUUCCAUUGUUAUUGUUGAAAUCUUUUAUACUUGAUAAUAUUUUAUCUGGAGUCUAUCAAUAGACUCCUGAUAUUUUAUAGAUCCUAUUGAUUUUAUCCUAUUGAUAGACUCCUGAUUUUAUGAUUAAUUUUUAUGAUUUUGAUAUUUGAGGUUAUGGCUCUUUGAAAUUUUUACAUUAUUGUGCAUUAACCGCAAAUAUAACUACUAAUCCAAUUUGCAUUUAACUGUUAUGUGCGAAUAACCAACUUGAUAGCUCGUAUUUUACAUGUACUCUUUUUUUAUACUAAUUUUAAGCACAGAUUUUGUUGUGAUCUAAUAAACGUGCCCUGUAUUUUGUAGCUGAAUA